AGUAACUACAGUGAAUAAACGUAGGCGUUGCUGUAAAUUAGUCUUUUUCUUUUAACGUGUGUUGUUAAUAUUUUUGAUGGACUGUGUGGAGCAGAAAGACACAGAAGCAAAGGCGCCUUCAGUUGUCGACCGAUAUUACACACGAUGGUACAGAGCCGAUAUGAAGGGGAAACCGUGCGAGGACCACUGCAUCCUGCAGCAUUCAAACAGACUGUGCGUUGUCACCUUAGCAGACUCUCACCCGAUCCUUCAGAAUGGGCGGAUGAUCAAAAGCAUCAAUUACCAGAUCAGUAACGCCUGCAGUCGGCUGAAAAAUAAAGUUUCUGGGAAGUCCAAGCGGGGGGGUCAGUUCCUCACUGACUACGCACCUCUGUGUAGGAUAACAUGCACAGAUGAAACUGAAUACACAAUCUACAGCUGCAUCCGGGGCCGGCUAAUUGAAGUCAAUGAAAAUAUAUUAGAAACACCCACCCUCUUGCUGGAAAAGCCUUCCACUGACGGAUACAUCGCUGUCAUCCUGCCAAAGUUUGAGGAGAGCAAGAGCAUAACAGAGAAUCUUCUGAGCAGAGAGGAGUUCGAGAGCGUCCUCUCCAAACGUGCUGGUGCCCAGUCACAACCCUCUUGACGAAGCUCCACAUUAUUGCCUGAAGUCAGAACUGUUCUGAGAGAGCUUCUCUCCCUUCCACUCCUUCCUGGAUGAGUGAAGAUGGAGGACAUUAUCCUGGAAAGAGACAUUUACCUUAUCAUCACUUCAAAGAGACUAUUGCAUAUAAUGCAAGCACUGCGCUGUGCCUCGAGACUAUCAGUGUUUUCCACCGUUUCAGAAACCGUUCAAGUUCUUAAUUUAUUGGUUGGUUUUUCUGUUAUGAAAAGUGAGGAAAUGGAGGAAAGCACAGCAAGUUACUUCAAGGCUAUUUGUUAAAUACUCAACGAAUAUUCAGUUUUAAUUAUUUUUCUAUACCAAUAAACACAAACAACAGUGAUUUAAG